UUCACAGUUCAACUUGGACUAAUAACACAGUAUUACCAUCCAAAUUGGACUUGCAAAACUAGAAGAGUUCCAUAAUCCAAGUUGGACUAGAUAUCUGAAUACUCUUCCGAAUAGGAGAGCAUCAAGUUUCUUGUAGGGUCUGAGGUCACAAGAAUCUUCGCACUGUACGUAUUCAAUUGACCAGUCAGGUCAGGAUACCAAUCAAGGUUCAAGUGUAUAUUAAUCAACCUCUCUGCCUUUAUUCUCUUCCAUAUACAACUCAAUUCUGUUUCUCCUCCCUCUCCUCUUCACCAAGACAUGAAGAACCAAUACCAGAAGUUACAAAAUCCAUCAUCCGUGAGUACGGAUCAAAAAACUAUUUUAUCAUCUCUGAAAAUAAGCACUCAAUCAAAUCUACUGAAAUUGAUAGUAUUUUUGUGUAUUCUUUUCUUUAUGUGCGGUUUAUUUACCGGUAACAUAUGGAGUUUCUAUCAAAAAAGCUUUUCUUUAAACCUGCAAUUCACACAAUUCGCAUCGGCAACAGUACAACCGCCACCAGCGUCUCCGUUGGAAAUUCUAAUUCCUCCUCAUCAAAUUAAUCAACUUGAUCAAGUAAUGUUGAUACCCGGAAACGCCAGCGUUGAUAAUAGCACUAAUAAUAAUAAUAAUAAUACUGCGAGUCGCAUAGGGUUGUCAGAAUAUAUAAAGCCACAUCAAAACCUUAUGCAUGACAUGAAAGAUGAAGAAUUGUUAUGGAGGGCAUCAAUGGUUCCUAAAAUUGAAGAGUUUCCGUACAGAGUGACACCUAAAGUUGCAUUCAUGUUCUUGACAAGAGGUGGAGUUACAUUAGGUCCUUUGUGGGAUAAAUUCUUCAAUGGGGUUGAUACAAAUCUCUACUCGGUAUACGUUCACUCAAAUCCUUCUUACAACGAAACAAUCAUACCGCCUGAAAACUCCGUUUUUAACGGUCGAACAAUCCCCAGUAAGGAAGUAAGAUGGGGAAGCUUUAAUAUGAUAGAAGCCGAACGACGCCUUUUAGCAAAUGCCCUCCUUGACUUAUCAAACCAACGCUUCAUUCUCCUCUCAGAAGCAUGCAUUCCACUCUACAACUUCUCUACAGUCUACUCUUACGUUAUAAACUCUACCAAGACAUUCAUCGAAUCCUAUGAUUUACCGGGUGGUGUUGGUCGUGGCAGAUAUAGUCCUAGAAUGAGGCCACAAAUCAGCCUUUAUCAGUGGAGAAAAGGGUCGCAGUGGUUCGAGAUGGAUAGGGAACUUGCUACUGAGAUAAUCUCUGACCGUACAUAUUUCCCACUUUUUGGCAAGUUCUGCAAGUCUUCCUGUUACGGAGAUGAACAUUAUAUACCAACCUUUUUAAACAUCAAUAAGGCGUUUUCUGAAAGGAAUUCGUAUAGAACAUUGACUUGGGUUGACUGGGCAAAAGGAGGUCCUCAUCCCACUAAGUUCACGAGAACAGAUGUCACGGUUGAACUGUUAGAGAGAUUGAGAAACGGUAAUGGAACCAAGUGCGAGUACAACGGGGAAAAGACGGAUAUUUGCCACUUAUUUGCAAGGAAGUUUAUACCUAACACAUUAGAUAGGUUACUGAGAUUUGCUCCAAAAUUAAUGGGUUUCAGUUGAUACCAUUAUUCUUCCCAUAGCAUAUGUGCAACAUGUAAUAUGCUGAUCACACUCAUUAGUCAAAGAGAGAGACGUGUAUAAUCUCAUUCGUUUUGAUUUACUCAUUUGCCCUUACAUGUAAUCAAUAGUGAAUUUUG